AUGAUCGCUACACAUAAGUAACCAAUAGUUUAUCAAAUAUCCAACGUCGCUGCUACUUUUGCGCAUUCAGCAGCUUUACUAUUUAACAUUCAAAUGAUCUUGACAACAGAGACAUAUCUAGAGAAGACACUCAACGUUCUCCAAAUAUUUAUCGGCUCGCUCCAAAUAAUGAUUAGUCUCUAUAACUACAACUUCCAGAAAAGAGUCAGGAAGCUUUCACAAGAAAGAGCUUCCCUUAUUCUUAACUAUCUUAUCAAAAUGAGCGUAAUCAUAUUAAUCGGGUUUGCAGCCAUUGGAUUGAGCAUAUCGCAUCUUAUUUCAAAAGAUUAAGACUCAAGCAGCACUGCCAACUACAUGUCUUUACUGUUGAUUGUCGUAGUCUUUGAUUUACUAAGUGCAGGUUUACUGGUAAAUUAAAGAGUGAAGAUCAGCAGAAGACUUAACAAAUUCUCCAAACUUUCUCCUUCAAUUGACGAAAUGGAGCUCUAUGCUGAGGUAGCUUAAAGCCUAUACCAAGAGGAAAUAGAGCAUUAGAAGCUAUCACCACUAAAAAGCAAGGGUAGUAGCAAGAUUGAAUUAAAUACUUAGAUCAUUCUCACUUUAAACUAUGGUGGAUGA